UCGAGCCACGACGGUUCCGAGAGAGAAAGAGACGAGAGAAAAUUUUCAAAAAUCAAACAUUGCAAUAGGAGAGAAACAGCAAGAACCCUAAUCGAUUACAAUAAUUGAUUCGUUCUACUUCUUCAUCGUUCCUUCUCCACUGAAAUGGCGAGUGAGAGUUCCCAAUCUUCCUCGCCGUCGCCGUCGCCGUCGCCAUCUCCAUCUCCAUCUCCGUCGCAGGGCGAUACGUUCGUAGGAAGCUUCAUCAGUCUAAUUUCUAACUCCGAGAUCCGUUACGAAGGCAUUCUAUACCAUCUCAACGUCAAUGACUCCACGCUAGGUCUAAAGAAGGUAAGAUCUUGUGGAACUGAGGGGAGGAAGAAAGAUGGGCCGCAAGUUCCGCCAUCUGAUACAGUUUACGAUUACAUUCUUUUCCGCGGAAGUGACGUCAAGGAUCUGCAAGUUAACCCUUCUCCAUCUCCACAACCAAGACAGCAGAUUCAGCGUGAACAAGACGUUAAUCAGGUCUCUCAUGCCAGGCCAGCUAUGAGCUCCCCUCCUGGAUAUGAUAGUGGUUAUGGCAUGGGGAGAGGAGCACAAUGGGUGCAAACACCUGCUUUGAGUAGUAAACCGGUUCCUGCUACACAACAUUCACCAGUCCCUUUAGGCUUCCAGCCUCCUCCAUCUAAUGCUGGAACAGAAUCACCAGCAAGCCUUAUUGGUUCAACAAAUAGUUUUCAAGCUGCUCAAAGUAAUGCUGGUAUGUUUAUGCCCAUGCCUUCUUUUGUGCAAGGAAACAAAUUACCUUCCACUGGUGUCCCUCCUGGUAUGAUGCACCAGGCAGUUUCAUCAUCUUCUAUGAAGCACAAUGAUCCUCAGAUUAUAGAUAUGUCUGCUUCACCAGUUAUGGGAUUAGUAGAUGAUACAUCACAGGUUGUUACUCGUACACCUGACGUUGCUUCUAAUCAAUCAUACUCUUCUCCCCUUGGUCAAGCACAACGCCAUACUCCACCUGACCUUGCUUCUUCACAACUUUCUGAAGCACAGCUUUCUGCUCCAUAUAUUCAGAACAGUUACCCCAUUGCACCCCAGGCUGUUGGUAAUGGUGUCUAUGACUCUCUGUCUAACCAUCAUAACCGAUCGAUACCUUAUAAUAUACCAGCUAUGACUUCUCACUCAGCUCCUGUAGUUCCUGGUCCGUUUUCAAAUUCGCCUGUGUCAUUUUCUGACAUGAAGCCAUUACUACAAUCUAGGCAGAUGGUCAAUAGGGGUCAAGAGAUGUUUGUUGCAACUAACCCGGUAUCAGUGGGUGUGCCAUCUCGAAGUCUUGCUGCCACAUAUCAAGAGCCAUUGCUGCCUCUUGCGGCUACAGCUCAUCAGUCUCGGAUCCCCAGUUCUAGAAAUGAGUUCACUGAAGAAUUUGAUUUUGAGGCAAUGAACGAAAAGUUCAAUAAGAGUGAACUAUGGGGUUUUCUCGGUAAAAACAAUCACAGGGAAGAAACCGUAGUUGAGCCUACCGAAGAAGGGAAGGCAAAGCCUGCUUAUAACAAAGAUGACUUUUUCGAUACAAUCUCGUGCAAUCCCCUUGACCGUGUAGCAAGAAGCGGACAACAACAACUAGACAGCCAGUUUCCGGAGCAUAUGAGACAAAAUCCUGAGGCAUAUGGUAACCAUUUUCAAAUGCCACUUCAACCACAACCGGGCCAGGGUGCAUAUCUCGCUGCACAGACCAAUUACAGAGGCGGAUAUGAUAAUAAUAAUAAUAAUUACAACAACAACUACUACUCGAAUUCUGGCUAUGGUUACUACUCUGGUGGGAGAGGCCGAGGCAGAAACACUCAUUUCUGAUUCUGAAUUUCUGUUUUCAUUAAGAAGGGAUUUGCUUGGUCACUCACACUUCCUUCUCUUAACCGCUGCCUUUGAAUCCCAAGAUUUGAUGGCAUAUCAUAUUGGCAAGUUCAUUUUCCUUUUUUUCUGUUUGAUGAGCUUUAGCCUCUAGGGAGAAUGUUAUUUGUUCUUCAAUGAAACAAAAAAGUACUAUGAACCUUUUGGUAUAUGCAAAUCUUUAAUUAUA